CUCAAUAACAGGAUGUGCACUUAGAGUCAGAUUUGUAGUUGUAAAAAUUGAAGAAGGGCAAUUGCUGAGGAUUGAGUAUAGUGAACCUUUAAUAUCUGAAUUGAUUUUGUGUUAUAGUCAAACAGCAAUUUUAUCAGUAAUUUGUCAGGUCUGGUUGUAAACAUAAAAUUGAGUUGACUACAGUGAAACCCUGAUAUAAUGAAGAGCCAAGGAACUGGCGAAAUAUGUUAAUGUCUCUGAUCCUUUAUAAUGCAUGUUAAACACAAAGUAAUUUAAUUAUUAAACAAAUAAUGAGAAGUUGGCCUUAAAUGGGGGAGCACUGCCUUGCGCUAGGUUAGCCUGUGCGACUUCCAGCGAUGGCGUGACCAAAGAACCUCACUUAUCUCCCUAGCACUACGAGCUGAAUGCAAUACAGCAUGUGCCGGAUCGGACAAGAGUACCGGUUUGCAGGCAAUAUUAUUAAACAGCAAUGCAGCCAACAAGCAUGGGGGAAGUCACUGCACAGACUUAAUUGCACCUCCAAGGAGUGUCUCUAGAUUAUUUGAUUGCAUAGCACAAAACAAAGCCCAUACCUUGAUCGUCUCCAAAGGGAGGGAGGGAGGGAAAAAUUUUACACGAUUAGUAUACUGAGCACUUAAACCUUGCUGAACAAUGGAACCCAAGUGAACUCUGAACAGUUGUUCUUGGCUUUUAUAGCCAGACGAAUGUCUGCUGGCAUAGCCGGUAGAAAAGGCUGUACUACAAGACCGCUCAGCAUUACACAUGCACACUCUUAGCCAUGAAUAGUGGUUUCAAAAUACUGGCCAAUGCUGUGGCUCGUACUAGCCUGCUUAAGACAAGAAGGCCGUAAAGUUCUACACUAGAAUACAAUGCAUCUUAGAGCUUGCUGAACUUGACAACUACAUUUUACUGGUGUUAUUUUCCAUAUAUUUUACUAUUACUGGGGUUAAAAGAAAAUCGUUCAUUGUAUCCAGGACUUCAUUAUAUCAAGGUUCUACUGUUCUGCAAUGACUCUUAUCUCAGGGCUGUGGCUAAAAUUUCAAGUUGCUGGGUAAAUGCAGUUAGUAGGAGGGGAAUUGUACUGAGCUAGGAAUUAGUUCUUUUGGUUCUGUUUUCGUUUUGUUUCCUAUAAGAGAAGCCAGGGCUCACACUCAUAGUACCCAGGUAAAAUCCCCGGCCCCCAGCUCAUAGUGACAGCCCUGUAUCUUCCAGUGAACUUACACCUCAUGCAAAUCUGUGUCUUACAAUUUAUUAUCUUUUGCACAAUACGUUCUCAGCUUUUGAUUGGUUUAUAUUAAUCUGUCAGCUAAUAAUUCAGCUUGUUCGUGAUGUGGAGAAUGAAACAAUGUUGUGCAAUAUUGGAUUAUGUAAUAACAUUACAGAUCUCAGCAUUUAAUGACACUCUUAUUGAUCUUCAUUUAACUAUAACAGUAAAAAGGGCUUAAUUUGCUUAUUGAUAGUAAGCAAAUUAUGCCCUUUUUCAGGAAACCCUUAAUUUUUUAUUAAUAACUAUUAUAAAGCUGAUCUAGUGGGGUGUAUAUUUUUAACUGCUUAUCUAAAUAAUAUAUGAAAAUAAUUAAGUUUUUUGUUAACUGGGGCUGAAACGUAUGAGAAGUACAAACAUGUAAUUGUGAUAACUGCAGGUUGAUUUACUUGUCAUAUUAAAUUUUUCAUUUUUUUUUGUUUUCCCUAUAACAGAUGAAGGAUUCCAUCUUAAGCAUGAGACAGCAAUGUUGUUGUCCAUGGCUAACAGAGGUCCAAACACUAAUGGUUCUCAGUUUUUUAUGUUAGUAUUUGAUCUUUUAAGAGAUAGAAACCACCCUAUAAAUUUGAAACCAAGUAUAAAAUUCAACUGCAUCAUGCAUGUAGAUGUGUAGUAUAAGUCAGGUCCUGAUCACUCAAAGAUUGGAUGCAUGUAGUGCUAUCCACUGUAUAAAUAUUAUUAAUUAUCACUAUGGAGUGGUAAGAGUGUCAUGAAAUCCAAUUGCCUUGCCCUCUGGAUAGUAAUUUACCUGAUGAAUAGCAUUACCCACCUUCUGAGCAACUGGGCAUUGUUAACUUAAUUACGCUGGCAAAAAUGGUUCAGUUCUUUUUGAAUUUCCUGCUGUUGUCUAAUUUUCCCCUCCUUUAAUUCUCAAUUCCUUCCUUUUCUCAAGGCCCCAGGUUCAAGUUUAAAAGGGGGUUUAUGUACUUCAAUGUAUCAACUUGAUAAUAUUAAUCUCUAUCCAGUCAUUGAUCCAGUUGUUUUCCCUAAUUAAUACUUAUCCACUGGAUAUUAAUUUAUCUGCUAAAUAGAACCUGAUCCAAGGAGUGAACAACUUGGGCCAGAUUUCAGGUCUUCCAACUGGCAUCUCUGUGAUACAUAACAAUAUUGUAAACUUUUGAAUAAAGACAAAGUUUUAAUGUUUUAAGUUUUUAUAGUGUGUUUAUUUUGCUUUUCACAGAACAACUCAGCCUGCCCCACAUCUUGAUGGGUAAGUUUUCUUUUAACUUGAUUCAGCUGUUCUUACUGACAGAAAGGAAAUUUCUGUUAGCAUUAUGAUGUUAUUGGUACAGACAAGACAGUGUUUCACAUGGUUUCAUUUUUUCAAUUUCAAUACACAAAUAUAAAAAAGGGCAUCAAAUUUUGCUAUGUUAUUUUUCAAACAUCUGAAUUUUUAAAAGAUAUCAAGAUAAAUGUAACAAACAAAAUGCAUAUUAACAUUAUUCCACAACAGAAUAAAAAUUACCAGUAAAACCAGUUCAUAAUUAAAUUUUGUUGUCGAUACACCUAGGCUCUACAGUAGAAACAGUUGUUGUUAUUAAAUCGUAAUUGUUUUUAUAUGAUUUGAAUUUUCUAUGGGUAUUAAAUUAAAAUUUUUUGCGUGUUUUCGUUUUGUGAGGAUAUUAAUUCCCGAAACAAAUUUUGUGAAAUAAAAAAAAAUGUGAAAUUAGGUAAUGGCAUUGUACAUGACUUGUACACAUAAUGCAUUUUUGUUUGUUGCCACUCAAAAGCAAGUCACAGAUCAAUGAUUACCCACACUUCAACAAUGUUGCUCUUGCUUAUAUUGUGGUAUAUUUAUUUUAUUUGUAGGAUUCAUGUGAUAUUUGGCCAAGUAUUGCAAGGUCAGGAAAUAGUAUCAGAGAUAGAGAUUCAAAGAGUUGAUGACAAGAGUAGGCCCCUAGUGGAUGUAAAGAUUAUCAACUGUGGUGAACUUAUUCCAAAAGCAAAGGCUAAAGGUACAGGAUAUGUUUCCAUUGACUAAAUUUAUGUACAGAACUGUGCUCUAGCAGCAGUGCUGCCUGCUGACCCCUGGCAUCAUACUUUUGCUCUUGGGUGAUGUCUUACUGUUAUUUGUUAACUUUCAGCCGCAGAGAAGAAAGCUGAAAAGAAAAGAAGGAAAUCUAAGCGACAUUCUGACAGCAGUUCCUCAGAUACUGACUUUUCAUCCAGUUCUGGAUCAGAAUCAGACAGUGAUCAGUCAUCAACUGAUGAGCAGGAGAAAAAGAAAUGCAUAAAAAAGAAAAGAGGAAAAAAGAUGAGUGAAUCUGGACAGGAAGAAAGCAAAGAAGAAAAAGGAAGAGACAAAAGACAGGUAAGUGGCUGUAACUACACCACAGUACAUGGAAUGAAAAUACAUCAAUACACAAACAUUUAAUAAAUACAUACAAAAAAUGCAAAUAUGAGAAAACUGAAUACUGUGACUAAAAUAAAUGACUUAAUUAAAACAUGAAUGCAUAUACACAUAAUUUCAAAAAUUAACAUUGUUCGCAAAAAGUACAGCAUUCAAUAAUUCAUUCAUUACGCUCAAAUGACAACAUGUACAUGUAGAUAGAUUUAGUUGAAUAGCAAAAAGGACUGAUACACCCACUGUGCCGAGUGCAGAGCGUAACCAUGGCAACCAACAUGUUGAAUUCCAAAGAAGUUGAGGAGUAAGGGCAAGUCAAAGAGGUUAGGGAGAAAGUAGCCUGUGUAGCAAGCGUUUUUGUGUGGUUUCGGAGCAAAGAAAGAUGGAGGAAUGACAUGGAAUAGGAUUUUUGGUUUUGGCCGCACCAAAAAUAGAACAAUAGCAAACUCUUGCUAUGCAGGCUGGGGAGAAAGAAGAGAAAACAAUAUAAUUAUUAUUUUUUCUCCCCUCUCCCUUCUUACAACCUUUUUUUACCCCAUGACUAGUCCAAGAGUUGCUAUUUCUAUUCUCCCCUGUCUUUCUCAGUGGUCAGAGAUGGCAGCCAUUGCAGUGCAGACAAGCAGUUUUUGCCCAUGUUGCUGGCUUCCCUGAGAGUACUUACACAUACCUCGCACUAACCCAGGGUUAUCUUUACCCAGCUUUGAACAAACCUGGCCAAGUAAGUGAUAAGCAAAGGAAUCUGUGGCUACAUUUUAGGUCCCAUAUUACAUAAUAAUGUUGCUUUUAUGCCCCCUUCCCUGUUAGUGAAAUAUUGACACUAAUAUCAGCAAUUAAUUUGAAUUCCAGUCCAGGAGAUGUUAAACCAAAGAGUCCUGAACCUUUUAGUUCAGUGGCUGUGGAUGACAUCCCAGAUGUUCCCAAUAAUUCUUUUUUAUUGAGAAGAAGCCGCACCCCCUCCCCUGUCAGGGAAAAGAGGCUUCAGCAGGCAAAGGAAAGGUAUGUUUCCUCUGAGGUACAGAAUCUUAAUCAUUUCUACGACGGCUGGGCUCAUUCCCCUUUCGGUGCAUAAUUAUCAUGAAUUAGGGCUUUGAACAAAGAAAGAGCUUUGCCUUGGGCAAAAUUUACCAUUUGCAAAUUAUGGACUUACAAGCUCAAAAAGUCCUGAAGUAUAUACUAAUAAAAUUAAUUGGAAUGGCAAGACAACUAGAUUUCAUCCACGGACUCAAAAACUAAGAACUGCAUUUCAUCCAACGUGUCUGAUUACACACUAAGGAAAAUGGUACCAUGUGAAAGUACUACUGACGGAAGAGGUUUCAUUUGAAUGGUCACAUCAUAGGAUUUCAUCCACAGACUCAAAAAUUAAAACUACACAGUACCACGUGAUAGCACUGCUCAAUUGAUUCUGAUGGCAAAUGGUUCAGAAAAAGUUGUUCAGAUGUUGAGAGAUAGAUGGCAGUAGUAUCUUCAAGUUGUUUAUAUUAUUUUCUGUUUGUAUGACCACAGGAAAAGUAAGUCUCCUCCAGGGUAUAAAGCUCUGCCUCAAAGUAAUUCACAGCAAAGGACCAGGGUAUGUACACCUGCUUAAAUGAUAUUGUUUGGGAGAUCAGUAGACCUUAUUUCAUUGUAUCCACCAUCUUUGCAUGCACUUCAGGACUGAUAAAUCACGUGACUUUGCAUUUAUCCCAUCAACCCUUGAACGCGUGCAAAGAUGGUGGUUGUUGUGAAUAAGGUCUAUAUCUUCAACAGAAAAUAUCCACAGUUAGUAAUAAAACAAUUACAUCCGAGUCUCUUGGUUCUUAAAAUGAACCUCGGAUUCUGUGGGUAACUAUUUUUCUUUCUUUUAACACAGUUCUAAAACUUUUUACCCUCUAUCAUUUAUCUCUGUCUGUUUUUCUUAUCCGCAGGUUUCCAGGUCGGGAAGGAUUCUACGAGGACGAGGAAAUAUGGUGAGGAAAUUCCCAGGGUAUUAGUUUAAACUUUCUUACGAGAAAAACAAUACACUAGUAGAAUAGGAAAUCACCAACUAAUGAAUCAUUUAGAAACAAAACAAGGCAAAACACAUACCUGAAAACCCACUUACAGUGUACCCCCCUUCCCCCUUCCGCCCCCCUAAGCAAAGAACCUGGCCCAAGGCUACUCCAUCGGUUUGAAACACAACUUAAUCACGUGAUUUUUAUUUUUCAGCGUUAUCGCACACCCCCGCCUUCUUCUCCGGAUGAAAUGCGGAACAUUUCGCGCCGUUUUUCUCCACCUUUGGUGGCUCGGUCCAGGUCUCCACGCAGGCGUCCUAUGCGUCGUGCACGAUCACCAUUUAGACAGUCGAGGUCUUCUCGAGAACGCUCUAGAUCUCCCCGUCGACGCUCGAAUUCUCCUCGAAGACCCCCGAUGUCUUCUCGAAGACGCUCGAAGUCUCCACGAAAACAAUUAAAUUCCUCACAGAGACGCUCGCUGUCACCUCAAAGACCCCCGAUGUCUUCUCGACGACGGUCGACGUCCCCACUAAAACACUCAAAUUCCCCACAGAGAUGCUCGCCCUCUCCACGGAGACACUCGGGGUCUCCACGAAGCCGUUCGAAGUCCCCACAAUCACAGUUACUUCAGAGAACAGAUAGCAAACAGCAAAUGAAAGACCGUGAAUCAGCGGAAAGAAUAAUGAAACAGAGCUACUCAGUAAGAGAUGAUAAAAGCAGUGAUAAAUUUGGAAUAGUUGAAACACGAGGUGAAAGGAACUCAAAUGAUGAAAAAGCUAACGAAUGUUCACCUACAACUGAAGAGCGCUUUCCAGAAAGGCGACGGGAAGAAGAGGGAAAGACCUUUGCAAAUGAAGGCUAUGCAAGGUCAAAGUUUGCUUCAAUCAAUGAAACUGGCAGACACAGGAGAGGAGAAAAAACUAGCAGUAACAGCGACAGUGAGGAAUUUGAACAAGAAAGUCGAGACAUUUUGUACAGAUUGGAAAAACAGAGCCAUCUUGCGCGUAAAGAAGACACCAGGGACAUACGGAAACCAAGUUCAUACUCGAACGGUGAGGAGCAGACAUGGAGAAGCUUAGCUCGUGAUUAUGAGUUUGAAGAAGGUCAUGGAACUUUGGAGACGCAAAGUUAUGCACCCAUUCCAUUAAGCAAAGAACGUGAAAAUAACCGAGAACGUCCACAAUCUCGCGGUAAAAAUAACGAUGAACAGAUUUCUUCAAACGAAGAAAGCGAAAGCAGUGAACAAGAGGACAAACGAGCUUUCCUUCAGGGUGAAGGAAGGUUUAAACAUCAGGGUAUCUCAGAACGUAAAACUGGUCGUCGACAGCGCAGUAGGAGUUUUGAUAGACGCAGAAGCAGCUCUCAGGAGAGUGACCGGAACCGGAAGUCACGUCAUCACCAUCGUCGUCAUCAUCAUCGUCAUCAUCAUCAUCGACACCAUCAUAAAAGAGACGCGAGGCAAUCGGAAAGAAACAUUGUCGUGACCGAGAAAGAUCAGGACAGUUCAAGUGACUGACUUAAUUGCGUCUAAACUGAUCAAAUAUCGGUGAGAUCGUGAACUUAAACAGCACUUCAAUUUUCAAUGUACAAUAUUGUGUACGUUUCUCUGUAGGAAUAGUCGAGAACGACACUAAAACGUGAAAAAGGAAGUUAUGUCUUGAGACAAAUAAGAAAUGGACUUACAUCCGUUCAAAGGUUUUCCAACUUUUCUGAAACUUUAAUUCAAACUCCCGUCUAAAGAGAGAAGAACAGGCAAUUAUUCAUGACUUAUCCUUUAACGACAUAUUUAUUGUCUUUCAUACUCUCAUCAAUUUUCCCUUUUGGUGUCUACUUAUCGUAAACUGCCGCUGAUACAUCUUUGUAAGGGGUUUUGGAGGGUUUAUAAACGGAGGGGCUUAUAUCCGAGGGAGCUUACCACAGGAAUAGAAAACGCUUCGAAGCAAUCCACAGAAGUGCUAGUCAAAAUAAUUUUGCAUUUACUGGUUUUUAACUAAGCGU